AUGGAUUCUGCACACGCCUCCUCCUAUCGAGCGGGCGAAGCGCCAUCAAGACCCGCAAAUUUUGAUUAUACGUAUCAGCCGAACGAGGCUACAGACGCUUCCGUCAAACCCCUACCGCAGUCAGUUUUCAACGAGAUCUCAACGAGAUUAGAGGCGGAAGUGCAGAAGAGAGAAUGGACCAAUCGGCCAAGAACCUGGUUCAUUCUGAACCAAAUCAAACGCCUUGAUGCUAUGGAAGCGUUCAUCAAUCAAGGUCUCAAUGAUACCUCUCUACCAUACAAGGGUCGAAACUCACUGCCGGAAACUCUCAAUUUCUUUGAAGCCAAUGACUUCUUGAAAUGGCAAGAUUUAGUAAUCAGCGACGUACUGUCUUUGGAACAAGGCAAGCACGUUUGGAUUCCGAAUGGAGAUGUGCUUUUCGAAAGCAGCCGGCCGAGGUUAGGUGUUGGUAGCCAAGGUUCCUCAGUCGUGGACAAAGUGGUCAGCAAAGCGACCGGAAAAGUGUACGCUCGAAAACGCAUCAAUCGUGCGAAGCUUUUUGGUCACGACAGACAAGCGCAGAAGACAUAUGAAAAUGAAAUCAAAGUUCUCUCCAAAGUUGCUGAGAAUGAUCAUCUCAUUAAAGUGAGGGGGACAUAUACCGACAAGAAGUAUCUAGUCAUGCUCUUGGAGCCUGUGGCCGAUGGUAACCUAAAACAGUACAUGAAUAAAGGACCGUUGACUUCCACGGUAGAGCAGAGCAGGUUCCGGACGUAUUUUGGUUGUCUGGCUCACACGAUUCUGUUCCUGCAUGAUUCAUCCAUCCAAACACUGCACAAAGACAUCAAACCGGAGAACAUAUUGAUUAAGGAUGACAGGUCAAAGUAUGACCCGGAGCAAUGUUGGGGAUCACCGAACACCGCGAUAUCAGAGUCCGGAAGUUGCUACUUCAAGCGAAUUUCACCGCUCAUCAGACAUUUGGUCAUUGGGUGUCGUCUUCCUUGA